GCUUUUCCUCCUCUGGCCAUCCAUCCAUCCAUCCCCUGUGUCUCCAGGUGCAGCAGGUGCCGCAGGCUGAGACAGCAGGGUGACGCUGUGGGUGCUGCCUGGUGGCCGUGGCCCCCCCGCAUUGAUGGGGGCAUGGCUGGCAUUGCUGAGUGACACCCUAUCUGCCAGGCCCCGGCCAGCCGCAAGCCCAGAAUAGCAGCGCUGUCCUGCAGUCAGCAUGGAGCAACUCUCCAGCCCCGCCGCUCCCCAGAUGGUGCUGCUGGAUGCUGCUGCCUGCCCUGUGGAGAAAGGUGUGCCCACAGGGUUCCCAGAGGCACUGCAUCCCAGGGGGGAAGAAAAGGAGGAGGAAAAGCAAAAGGGCUCCAGGCCUGUCAGUUUCACUCUGGGCAAUGAGAUCCUGGGACUGGAGCCUGACAACAAUUUCCAGACCCCUGAUGCUGAGGUCUACAUGCACUUCAUGAGGAGUCACUGCUGCUAUGACGCCGUCCCUACUAGCUGCAAACUUGUUGUCUUCGACACCACGCUGGAGAUCAAGAAGGCCUUUUUCGCCUUGGUGGCAAAUGGGGUGAGGGCAGCUCCGCUGUGGGACAGCAAGGUGCAGAGCUUUGUGGGUGAGUGCCAGGGCAGCAGAAGGACUGCUAUGGGAUGUGGGCAGAGUGGGCAGCCCCGUGUCUCCACAGGGAUGCUCACCAUCACUGACUUCAUCAACAUCCUGCACCGUUACUACCGCUCGCCCCUGGUCCAGAUCUAUGAAGUGGAGGAGCACAAGAUUGAGACGUGGAGAGAGGUGUACUUGCAGGGCUCCUUCAAGCCACUGGUCUACAUCUCCCCAAGCGAUAGCCUCUUCGAUGCCGUCUACUCCUUGAUCAAGCACAAGAUCCAUCGCCUGCCUGUCAUCGAGCCCAUCUCAGGCAACGUGCUGCACAUCCUCACCCACAAGCGCAUCCUCAAGUUCCUCCAUAUCUUCGGCUCCACCAUCCCCAAGCCACGCUUCCUAAAGAAGACAGUGCAGGAGCUGUGUGUCGGCACCUUCCGUGACGUGGCCGUCGUGCCUGAGAAUGCUCCCGUGUAUGCUGCCCUGGAGAUCUUUGUGGACCGCCGUGUCUCCGCGCUGCCUGUUGUUAAUGCUGCUGGCCAAGUGGUUGGGCUCUACUCUAGGUUUGAUGUCAUACACCUGGCAGCCCAGAAGACCUACAACAACCUGGACAUCAGCGUGCGGGAGGCGCUGCGGCAGCGCACCGUGUGCCUGGAGGGGGUCCUCACCUGCUACCCUCACGAAACCAUGGAGGACAUCAUCGACCGCAUCGCCGAGGAGCAGGUCCAUCGCCUGGUUCUGGUGGAUGAGAACCGGUACCCGCGGGGCAUCGUCUCCCUGUCUGACAUUCUCCAGGCCCUGGUGCUCACUCCCGCAGGCAUUGACCGACACUCGCUCUGAGGACACCAGGGAAGUGCCACAGGCUCAUCCAACGCGGGGCCUCUUGCUUGGGUACCACGGGGCCAUGGAAGGAGGCUCGGGGCCCAGGGGCUCUCCAUGGGAGGGCUGCCCACCUGCCCCGGUCCUGGGACUCACUCUGAGCCUGGGGCCAACUCCUGCCAACCUCAGGGAGGAAGAGAGUGGGGGAAAGAGGGUCCAGGGGGUGCCUCCAGACUGCGGGCACAUGGGGAUGCUCAGUAGGCACCACACUACCAGGAGCUGUGCAGCUGGAUACAGGGACACCUGCGUGGCCCUGGGGGACCUACAACUUCCCCACCCCCCCCCUCCCAGCGACUACUGUCCCCUCCUGCUGCAAGACUCCAGUGCUUCAGGUCCCACUGGCUGUGCUGGGUGACUGGGAGGAGCGCACGGAUCAGCUGCACACACAGGCUUGUCUUUUGUAGGGUCUCCAGGGCUGGAGUGUCCUGGUAGAGGUGCUCACAAGGGGACCCUGUACACUGAUAGGGGGGUGGGGAGUAUUUAUUUAUUUGCCAGUCUCUUCAGCCUUGCUGGAAUAAAGCAGCCUGCCCUAG